AAGAAGUACACCACCCUGCCUCCCCCCCGUUCUCCCCCCAGUCCUUCCACCAACUCUGACCUCCUCCAGUCCACACAGUACCAACUGCAAGAGCUUCUCCAGGACCCAGAGCUCCACUUCCCCAUCCUCAACGAAGACUCCGUCACUGACGUAACUAACUCCCUUAUGGCUGUGGUGCGGUUCUACAGUAAUGAAGCAGUGAAUGGGCGGGCCUUACAGCGGGCAGCCAAGCUCUACCCCCAAGUGUCAAUCACCACUGAGCUAUGCUUCAAUGUUGAGCUGACAGGCUGUGAGAGUCUCAGCACAGAGCAGAAGGGUGUUCUUCUUUGGUUGUUUCGUCCUCCCCUGCAGGCAGAGCCGCUGUCGGAGGAACCAAACCUCAACGAAGGCAGCGGGGAGAAACUGGUGGAGAUUGGACCCAGGUUGAACUUCUCCACUGCUUGGUCCACUAAUGCUGUGUCCAUCUGUCAGAGUGCUGGCCUCACUAAUGUCACACGAGUAGAGGUGUCCCGCAGGUUUCUAAUCAAGCCCAGAAAGGGAGACAGUGUCACUGAGCUCAAUGGAGAUCUAAAAAAGCUGAUUGCAUGUCUGUAUGACAGUAUGACUGAGUGUAUCUACCAACAUCCCAUCACCUCCUUCACCGUGGAAACCAAACCACAGCCAGUGUUUGAGGUGGACAUCCUGGGGAAGGGUCGUGCAGCACUGGAGAAGGCAAACGACGAUCUGGGUCUGGCCUUCGACUCUUGGGAUCUGGACUACUACACGUCGAUGUUCCAGAGGGUUAAAAGGAACCCCACCAGCGUGGAGUGUUUUGACCUGGCACAGUCCAACAGUGAGCACAGUCGUCACUGGUUCUUCAGAGGCAGGAUGGUGAUCGACGGGCAGGAGCAGAAAGAGACUCUUUUCAGUCUCAUAAUGGACACUCAGCGGAGCAGCAACCCGAACAACGUCAUCAAGUUCUGUGACAACAGCAGCGGUAUCAAAGGCAUGAAACUGGACUGUGUUUACCCCAAAGAUCCUUCCCAAGCCAGCCCGUAUGAGACACGUCCCUCAUUGCGACAUGUCAUCUUCACCGCAGAGACACACAACUUCCCAACAGGUGUAGCACCGUUCAGUGGUGCCACCACCGGGACAGGAGGUCGUAUCAGAGAUGUCCAGAGUGCUGGACAAGGAGGCCAUGUCAUUGCUGGCACUGCAGGAUACUGUUUUGGCAAUCUACAUAUACCAGGUUACACUCUCCCCUGGGAGUCGGAGGGAGACGGCUGGGAAUAUCCCUCCAGCUUCGCUCCUCCUCUACAAGUGGCCAUUGAGGCCAGCGAUGGAGCAUCAGACUACGGCAACAAGUUUGGAGAACCUGUCCUGUCAGGUUUUGCUCGUUCUUUUGGCAUGCGGCUGGCCAACGGCGAGCGACGAGAGUGGAUUAAGCCGAUCAUGUUCAGUGGUGGUCUGGGUUCGAUUGAGGAUGCACAUGUGAAGAAAGAAGAAGCGAAGACUGGAAUGGAAGUGGUGAAGAUUGGAGGACCAGUGUACAGGAUCGGUGUGGGAGGAGGAGCCGCCUCCUCUGUACAAGUCCAGGGGGACAACUCCAGCGAGAGGGAUCUGGGUGCGGUGCAGAGAGGUGACGCUGAGAUGGAGCAGAAGAUGAAUCGUGCCCUCAGAGCAUGUUUGGAAAGAAGCAGUGGGAAUCCAGUCUGCAGUAUUCAUGAUCAGGGGGCAGGAGGAAAUGGCAAUGUGCUCAAGGAGCUGAGUGAGCCGGCUGGGGCUGUGAUCUACUGCAGCAAGUUCAAGAAAGGUGACCCCACUCUGAGUGUGUUGGAGCUGUGGGGAGCAGAGUAUCAGGAGAGCAAUGCCCUGCUGCUCCACCCAUCAGACAGGCCUUUCCUGGAGAAGGUGUGUCAGAGGGAGAAGUGCCCGGUUGACUUUGUGGGAAAUGUCACCGGAGAUGGCAAGAUUGUGCUGGUGGAUGAUGAGGCAGGUGGUAGUGACCAGACAGAGAGUGGGCGUUGUCCUGUUGACUUGCAGCUGGAGUGGGUUUUGGGAAAAAUGCCUCAGAAAGAAUUUAAGAUGGAACGUCUGUCCCCAACCCACCAGCAUCUGACACUUCCUGCUGGGCUGACGGUCAAAGCUGCUCUGGACAGAGUUUUGCGUUUGCCUGCUGUGGCGUCCAAACGCUACCUGACCAACAAGGUGGACCGAUCUGUGACUGGGUUGGUUGCCCAGCAACAGUGUGUCGGCCCUCUUCACACGCCGCUGGCUGACGUGGCUGUUGUUGCACUGUCACCGUUCAGCCUCGAGGGAGCAGCAACAGCCAUCGGGGAGCAGCCAAUUAAAGGGCUAGUUUGUCCUGCUGCUGGGGCUCGUAUGUCUGUGGGUGAAGCUCUGACCAAUCUGUUGUUUGCCAGAGUCACAGCGCUGAAGGAUGUGAAGUGUAGUGGGAACUGGAUGUGGGCUGCCAAGCUGCCUGGUGAGGGAGCUUGUUUGUGGGAGGCCUGCAAAGCCAUGUGUGAGGUUAUGGGUCAGCUCGGAGUGGCCGUCGACGGGGGCAAGGACUCACUGAGUAUGGCUGCGAGAGUUGGAAAAGAGACGGUCAAAGCUCCAGGUGCUCUGGUUAUCUCAGCAUACGCAGUCUGUCCUGACAUCACGGCCACCGUGACGCCCGAUCUUGAGGAUCCAGAUGGCGAAGGUGUAUUGUUGUGGGUUCCUCUGAGUCCAGGAUGUCAUCGUCUGGGAGGAUCGGCCUUGGCUCAGUGCUACGGUCAACUGGGAGACUGUUCCCCUGACCUGGACCAGCCGCAACUAUUGGCUGCCUGCUUCGACACCAUGCAGUCACUCAUACAAGACCGUCUGCUUAGUGCAGGACAUGACAUCAGUGAUGGAGGCCUCAUAUCCUGUUUGCUGGAGAUGGCGUUUGCAGGGAACCGUGGAAUUGCUGUUGAAUUGUCAUCACAAGGAACUGGAGUCAUGGAGCUGCUGUUCAGCGAAGAGUUGGGUUUGGUUCUCGAGGUGUCGCAGCCUAAUGUCGAAGCCGUGAGUCAGCGAUUUAGCGACGCAGGCGUGCGGUGCCUUCGUGUCGGCAAAACGUGUGGCUUUGGACCAGAGGCUAUGGUCAGAGUUUGUGUUGACGAAGAGGAAGUGCUCAGAGAGCCGCUUCCCGACCUCAGAGCAUUAUGGGAGGACACCAGUUUCCGGCUGGAGCGCCUCCAGGCCAAUGAGCUGUGUGUUGAACAGGAAGAGGAGGGGCUGGCUAAGAGGACACAGCCAUACUUUAAACUCUCCUUUGACCCCAGUGAAACCCUCAGCAUCAAGCAGCCCACUGCAGCUCUGCCCCGUGUAGCUGUGGUCAGAGAAGAAGGCAGUAAUGGAGACCGAGAGAUGUCUGUAUCUCUGUAUAUGGCUGGCUUCGAGGUGUGGGAUGUGACGAUGCAAGACCUGUGCUCUGGCUCUCUGACCCUGGAGCGCUUCAAAGCAGUAGUGUUUGUUGGUGGGUUCAGCUACGCAGAUGUGCUAGGAUCAGCUAAAGGUUGGGCUGCUACUGUUGCGUUCAACCCCAAGGCCAAGGCUGAAUUUGAUCGCUUCCGACAACGGGAUGACACACUGAGUCUGGGUGUGUGUAAUGGCUGCCAGCUGCUCGCCCUGCUGGGCUGGGUGGGAGAAGGCAAGGAUGGAGCAGAGUCUGAAGUGGUGCUGACCCAUAAUAAGUCUGGCAGGUUUGAGUCUCGCUUUGUCAGUGUCGGUAUCCAGGCUUCACCAUCCAUCUGGCUCAGAGGGAUGGAGGGGUCGGCUUUGGGAGUCUGGGUUGCGCAUGGAGAAGGUCUGAUGCAAUUUCGUAACUCUGAAGCUCAGGAGCAGAUCGUUUCUGGUGGUUUCGCCCCCUUGUGUUAUCUCGAUGACCAAGGUGCUCCAACCGAAGAGUACCCUCUGAACCCUAACGGCUCUCCGCUGGGUAUCGCGGGGCUUUGCUCCAGGGACGGCAGGCACCUGGCCAUGAUGCCUCACCCGGAGCGUUGCACCCUGGCCUGGCAGUGGCCCUGGGCCCCGAGAGAUUUCAGAGCGUCUCUCACACCUUCACCGUGGCUGCGCAUGUUCAAGAACGCAGCUGCCUGGUGCAGCAACAUGCAGUGAUGACACCCUGUUUAAAACUCUGGUGCUGCCAAAAUAGUAUUUUCUCUGUUGAGUGAGUGUGAACUCACUCAGUUACUUGGUGUUUACACUUUUGACACUGUUUUCUUCUUGACUUCUUAUACAUUCCACCAAUUUCAUUUUGGCAAUCACUGUAUUUUUAUGGAACUAAUGUACCAAUCAGGCUGCUGACAUUAUCAAUGUUGCACUACUGAUACAGAACAUGCUAAUAAAAAUAACAAACUUAAA